CAGCCGCAGCAGCAGCAGCAGCAGCAGCAGGCCUUGCAGCAGCAGCAGGAGCAGCAACAGACUCUGUCGCAGCCACAGAUGGGGAAGAGUCAACUGACACAGCAUCUUCGGGGCCCCCGCCGCCCUCUUUAGUGCAGCGGCGGACUCGCAGCUCGCCGAGGACUCCUGCUGUUGCUGCUGCUGCUGCUGCUGCUGCUGCUGCUGCUGCUGCUGGUGAGUGGGGCGGCGCUGCACAGGAGUGGGGCAUGGAGCGCCGCAGCAGCAGGAGGGACACUGUGAGCUCGCGGUGUGCUACAGCCGCAGCAGCAACAGCAUCAACUGCAACAACAGCAACAGCAACAACAGCAGCAGCAGCAGCAGAGGAGGAAGACGAAAGGGACAGGCAUUUGUCUGUACACUCAACAACGAAGUUUGCUGCUGCAGUUGCGCAGUCGCGUGCUGCUGCUGCUCUUGCUGCUGCAGCGGCGCCUCCUGCUGCUGCUAGCCCUUCCUUGCUGAAUGGGCAGACGCAGCAGCUUCCGGCCGCAGCUGAGGGGUUGAUGCUGCAGCAGCAGCGGCAGCUGCUGCUGCUGCAGCAGCAGCAGCUGAUGCUGCAGCAGCAGCAAGCAGCAGACGGCUUAAUUGACGCUGGCAGCUCCAAAGGUACAGCAAGGAGCUGUAGAGACACCGCAGGGGUCUCUUCAAAUGGAAGCGGCGCUUCUGGCAGCGUUGACAUGUGGUAUGCGCUGCAGCAGCAGCAGCAGCAGCAGCAGCAGCUGUUGCUGCUGGCCCUGCAGCAGCAGCAGCAGCAGCAGCAGCAACAGUCUUGCAUGUCCUCUCCGCGAGGCAACAACAGCUACAGCUCAUCGGCCCCCCUUGCGGGUAGAAGGCGCCCGCUUCCGUUGGGACCGAAUUCUCCUGCUGCUGCUGCUGCUACUUUUGCUUCUUCUGCUGCUGCUGCAGCAAGUGCAGCAGCAGAAGAGUCGAGGGAGGCGCAGCAGCUCGUUAGGGGCGUGCGGCUUCUUGCUGCUCUCAGCAAAGAAUACUCGCCCAGCGACCCCUCAGGGCCCCCGACAGACAGCGACCAGCAGCAGCAGCAGCAACAGCAGCAGCAGCAGCAGCAACAGCAGCAGCAGCAGCAGCAGCGGCUCUCCCCCGAAAGGGCCCGCCUCCUGGCCUCCUGCAGCGACGUUGUUGGGUCUCGUGACUGGCGUCUACUGCUGCUGGGAGACCAGCAGCAGCAGCAGCAGCAGCAGCAGGAGCGGUCGUCGGAGGAGGACUCCGAGGGUCUCAACGAGGGUGCAGCAAGAGCAGCAGACACAGCAGCAGCAGCAGCUGCAGCAGGUGAGGGCCUCUCCGGCUUUGUGGGGAAGCCCUCUCUCGUGUCUCUACGCAGCCAAAUCAAUUGGAAAGGGCGGCUGCUGCGGCGCGCAUGCAUGUUCCCUGCCUGA